UACUUACACACACACGUACGCGUGUGUAUGCGUUUUAUCGAGAUGUAGGCGCGUAUGAUGGUGCAAUGGCACAGGGCGAUGGAAUGCAGAGAUAUAAUGGAAUUGUCGCAUACUUAAAAAAUAUUGCCUCUUAAAGUGAAAAGCGCAAUGUUGGUAAUCUUUGUGAGAAAAUGUCCCGCACACGAGGGAGGGCAGUGUUUCGCAAGCAGUCCAUCGUAAUGACGUAAUGCAUUCCAACAUUACGUCGAGCUUACAUGCUGUAUAGCGAAUUAGUCUUGAAGUUAUGUCCUGAGGCAAAGAAGAAGACGAGGUGGUUAAAAAAUUUAUGACUGCGAGAUUGCCUGAACAAUAACAAAGUCGCGCUCGAGUCCCCUUUUAAAGUUAUGUAAUAACGCAUAAAUAUGUCUAUUCAAAGUUUUACGGUUAGAAUUUAAAAAAACUUGAUCAAAUUAUAAUAAAUAUUUGAAAUAAUAAUAGCAGUUAAUAUUCUCCGUCGAUAUUAUCAUGUUUAACAUCGCUUGAUUAACCAGUACUUCAAAAUAUACGAGUAAUCGACGUUGCGUUACAGAUAUUUCAUUUUCCCUCAGGCAGUUGCACGUACACACGCACACACUUCAACAUGAAAUAAUGGUUUCAUUAGAAUAACGAUCGAUUAUAAGAAACGUUUACUCUAUAAGAACGUUCUGCAAAACAUAGACUUUCUAAAUUGAUCGUUUCGUGUGUAACGGCUCGAUAGUUAUAAUUUUCUUGAUGAUACGCAUCUGUGUAUUCUGUGCCAUUAAUAUUAUUUUUUAUGUACCGUCUAUAGCACUUGCGAGUGACACGUUUCAUGCGUCGUGUAACAUUAUAACAUCAUUUUAUUUCGAAUUAUAAGAUUAUGAAUUCCGCCACGCGGCUGCAUAAAAUGAAUUCUAAAAACGUAUUCGCCUUGACCCACUUCUACAAUACACAUUUUAUACGCCUACUCUUUGCGUCAGAAUGAUUCAUUAAAAAAGAAAUUUACCUAUCGUCGACGUGCAUCUAUCUUGACAUGGAAAUAUACGCCCCAGGCUAUCUCUCGAGGAAUAUUAUUUCAAGCAGUCUUGAAUUAAAUUCAAUCAAAUUUAGAGUACACGUGCCUUUCCAUGGCAACAUGAAGACGUUACUGGAUCUUACUAUCGCAACUAUAACGUUGACAUUGCUGCUUCUCGCAGUGACGGCGGCCGGUUCUCUGCCGCUCGCCAAUGUGCACGUGAAGUUCGUGUCGCCUCCCGAUGUGUACGAGCACAGCAUUACGACAGAUGGAGAUCGUACACUGGCUCAGGACUCGUACAUCUCGAUCGGCCGAAGAAGCGCGACGAAGCGGUCCAAAGAUCUCGAUUACAAUUACAGAACAAAUUUACGACGAAAUCACUUACGACAGGCGAUACCGAUAACGAGUCCUGAAAGCGUCGAAUCUUUAUGGCCAGUCGGUGUCUUUCUUCCUCCCAUCGAUACUAAUGAUCUUGGAUAUAGUUGGCACGAGGCGCAACGCGGUUUUUCCAAUUUCUACAAGUCGCAAGAACGAGACCCGUACUUAUUGACUGGUCAUGAAGCAAUGAUGGCAAUUAAAUACCUCUACGGACUGGGCGAGCUUUUCUUUGAUGAUUAUCCGCACGUAAGGGCGCUACUGCGUAACCAGGAAGAGAGGAGGUUAAACGGACUUCAUGGAAACGUGUUGAGCAGUUUGAAUCCUAGGUCACCUUUCUACAGGAAAGGAGCUGGACUCCCUACUUAGACUAGGGAAGAUCCGAUGGAGUUCGUUCACCACU